AUGAAGUUUAUGAAGUACGCAGUUUUCUUUUACACAUCGGUGGGCAUUGAGCCCUAUACGGUGGCGUCUCGGCCCAGGAAAAUCAGUCUGUGGUCGAACAUCCUCUUCUGGUCCAAUGUGAUAAACCUGAGUGUGAUUGUUCUUGGGGAAUUCCUAUACCUCGCAGUGGCCCUCUCCGAUGGAAAGUUUAUCGAGGCAGUCACUGUAAUGUCCUAUAUUGGAUUUGUCUUUGUGGGCAUGAGCAAGAUGUUUUUUAUUUGGUGGAAAAAACCAGACCUUAGCAAUUUGGUCACCGAACUGGAGCACAUAUAUCCAGAGGGCAAGGCUGAAGAGGAGAUCUAUCGGUUGGAUAGUUACCUGAGAUCUUGUUCCCGGAUUAGUGUUACCUAUGCCCUGCUCUAUUCAAUACUGAUCUGGACCUUUAACCUGUUCAGCAUCAUGCAAUUCCUCGUCUACGAAAAGUGGCUAAAAAUCCGAGUGGUUGGUCAGACAUUACCAUAUCUGAUGUACUUUCCCUGGAAUUGGGAGGGGAAUUGGUCGUAUUAUGUGCUGCUAGUCAGCCAAAACUUCGCAGGACACACUUCGGCAUCGGGACAGAUAUCCACAGAUCUUUUACUCUGCGCAGUGGCCACUCAGGUCGUAAUGCACUUCGAUCACUUGGCCAGGAUUGUGGAGAACCACGAGUUGAGUGGGGAUUGGAUCCAGAACUCUAGGUUUCUAGCUAAAGCUAUCCAUUAUCACCAGCGCAUUCUUCGUCUGAUGGACGUGCUCAACGAUAUAUUCGGGGUACCACUUCUGCUCAACUUCAUGGUCUCCACAUUCGUCAUCUGUUUUGUGGGAUUCCAGAUGACAGUGGGUGUCCCGCCGGAUAUCAUGAUCAAACUAUCGCUGUUCCUGUUUUCCUCAAUGAGUCAGGUUUACUUGAUAUGUCACUACGGCCAGUUGAUCGCCGAUGCGAGCUCUGGCUUGUCCCUCGCUGCCUACAAACAGAACUGGCACAAAGCUGAUGUCCGCUAUCGUCGAGCUCUGGUAUUCUUUAUUGCUCGACCUCAAAGGACAACCCAUUUAAAGGCUACAAUCUUCAUGAAUAUUACAAGGGCCACUAUGACUGAUCUUCUGCAGAUAUCCUACAAGUUCUUUGCUUUACUGCGUACCAUGUAUAUUAAGUAA